UACGAGAUCCACGUCAAAGAAAAUAUACAAACUUGACUAUAUUUCGUACGUGCGGUAGACAAAUCAGCUGAGCAGAGCACAGUAACCAGAAGGGGAUCCUAAAAACAUUUCGGGUUUUUUUGUGUGCUCAAUUUUGGUGGUAAAUUGAGCAUCUCGUGAAGGAAUUGGAAUUGGGUGCCGCUGCGCCGCCGUUGACCGACGAAUCGCCAGAUCCCGAUGGCUGCACCGAAAGGCCAGGCGUUUCCAUGGACGCACCAGGAGACCCUCCAUCUGAUCCACGCCUACCAAGACAAAUGGUACGCUCUGCAGAGGGGCCAGCUCAGAUCCAGCCAGUGGGAGGAAAUCGCCGCCAACGUCGCCGCCCGCUGCGGCUACACCGGCCACCUCCACCCCUCCAAGACCGCCGUCCAGUGCCGCCACAAGAUGGAGAAGCUCCGCCAGCGUUUCCGCGCCGAGAAACGCCGCCUCUCUCACGCCACCGCCUCCCCUUGGCCCUACUUCGACCUCAUCAACAACCUAUUGCGCGGCCCCCUCCCAAUCUCCGCCCGCCCCUACGAACAACACCACAAAUCGAUCGAUUCCAAUUCCGAUGAGAAUCGCAGCAAAUCGAGGAGCGUGAGUCAGAUACUCCGAAACAGAAAUUGCAGUGGGGAGAAUGAAGAAGAAGAAGAAGAAGAAGAGGGGCAAGAGAUGUGCUGGAAAGUGGCGGCGGAGAUAGGGCUUGUGGCGGAGAGAUUGGUGGGGAUUGAGAGUGCGAGAAUGGAGAUGAUGAAGGAAGCGGAGAUGCGGAGAAUGGCGAUGGAGAAGAAGAGGAUUGAGAUGAUUCUGGAUUCGGAGCACAAGAUUCUGAGUUCAAUUUCAAAGGCAUUUGGAUCUCCAUCUCCAAAGAGGCUCAAGAUUGGCCAACAUUCUUGAACUUUGUCAAUUAAUUCUAUGGAUCUGUAUUCUCUUCUGUUGUUCAAGUCUCCAAUUUCCAACUUUUCUUAGCUCUGUUAAUAACUGCUGCUCUCCAAUUCUCAUGCUUUUCUCCGCUUUUUCUUU